CAACAGCGGUGGACUUUAUUUUUCCCAGCAUCGCUGCAGCCAGCCCGCGGAUAAACUGGUGCGGGAUGACGAAGAUAAGGAUAUCUGCAUCCUUUGCCGCUUCGACAACAUCCGGAACAGCGACCUAAAUAUUUAAAUGAUCACAAAGGCAGUUCCCGAGGACGGAAAUAUUGCGUCGCAUUAAAUAACACACCCACUUGAAUUUUCUGCAUCAGUUCUUGUACAGACUCGUUACGAAGUACAUCAAAUACGAGCCAGCUGAAUUGUUAUUAAAAAAUUGCUAUUGAGUUUCAGAAGCAUUACUCAAUUCAAGAUGCGAUUGAAUCAAGUAAUUCCUAACUUUCAAGCUGAUUCUACCAAGGGUCCUAUUGACUUUUACGAAUGGCAAGGGGAUUCCUGGGUAGUUAUAUUCUCACAUCCAGCGGACUUUACUCCGGUUUGUACAACCGAACUUGGUCGUAUUGCUGUUCAUUACCCUCAUUUCAAAAAACGUAAUGUUAAAUUACUCGCACAUUCUGUUGAUAAACUCACGGAUCAUGUUGAUUGGGUCAAUGAUAUUAAGUCUUAUUGCCAAGACAUUCCUGGAGAAUUUCCGUACCCAAUAAUCGCCGAUGACGAUCGGAGUUUAGCGGUCAAGCUAGACAUGAUCGACGAAGAGUCUAAGAAUGAUCCUGAGAACGCAAUAACUGUUCGAGCGCUUUACAUUGUCAGUCCUGAUCAUCGUCUUCGUUUGAGUAUGCACUAUCCUACUUCAACUGGCCGUAAUGUCGACGAAAUUUUGCGUGUGAUCGAUUCAUUACAACUGGUAGAUCGCAAACCACAAAUCGCGACUCCAGCAAAUUGGACACCUGGUGAAAAAGUGAUGAUUCUACCUACAGUUGAUGAUAAUGAGUUGCCAUCAUUAUUCCCCGGCGGGGUAGAUAAAGUUUUUAUGCCUUCUGGCAAAGUUUACGUUCGUACUACUACUGACUAUUAAAGUUUUCUAUGUUAAUUUAUUAAAAAUAUAUAACAUUUUAUUUUUAAUAACUAUCUUAUACAAUCGACUAAUCAACAACGCGAGGUUCACGAUUUGAAUCCCAACUACGGCUUUUUAAAAUAUUGAUAUUUCUUCUUUAAUAAUUUUAUGUUAUGUAACUUUUGAUCUUAUUAUAACUCAUGAAAGAUGAAUUUUUAAUAAAUAAUAAUAAUUACUUACAA